UCUCGGCUCUCGCUGCUACACGUGCUCGGUCUCUCAGCCGGAGGACUAUGAGGAGGCGUCUGCACGACCAUCUCCCUGACAACCGACAACCGGCUUUUUUUUGUGUGGAAAUUUGAUCUGAACUUUGUGAGAAGAUGGAUAACAAGGAGGAACCAAAGAGCUGCUCCGUCAGCGUCCUCACCUGGGAGCAGGUGAGCCGGCUGAACGAAGUCCUCACGGAGGUCGUGCCCGUUCACGGACGGGGCAACUUCCCCACCUUGGAGGUGCGUCUGAAGGACAUCGUGGCCCGGGUGCGCUCCCGCCUGGAGCUCAGCGGCAUCAAGGUGAAGGACGUUCGGCUCAACGGCUCCACGGCGAGCCACGUUCUGGUGCAGGACGUGGCCUGGAGCUACAAGGACCUGGACGUCAUCUUCAGGGUCGACCUGCCGCACGAGGCGGAGUUCAGGCUCAUUAAAGACGUGGUGCUGGGCACGCUGCUGGACUUCCUGCCCGAGGGUGUGAAUAAGGAGAAAAUCACACCCAUGACCUUGAAGGAGGCGUACGUGCAGAAGCUGGUGAAGGUCAACACGGAGCAGGACCGCUGGAGCCUCAUCUCGCUCUCCAACAACAACGGACGCAACGUGGAGCUGAAGUUCGCGGACUCGAUACGCCGGCAGUUUGAGUUCAGCGUGGACUCCUUUCAGAUCGUGCUGGACUCCAUGCUCUCCUACUACGAGCUGGCCCAGACGCCAAUGUCGCCGGCGUUCCACCCGACCGUGAGCGGGGAGAGCGUGUACGGCGACUUCGAGGCGGCGUUGGGCCACCUGAGCAACAAGCUCAUCGCCACCAAGCGGCCCGAGGAGAUCCGCGGCGGCGGCCUGCUCAAGUACUGCAACCUGCUGGUGCGGGACUUUCGGCCCGCCAGCGAGGAGGAGUUCAAGGCCCUGGAGCGGUACAUGUGCUCCCGCUUCUUCAUCGACUUCCCCGACAUCGGCGAGCAGCAGCGCAAGGUGGAGGCGUACCUGCAGAGCCACUUCGUCGGCGAGGAGAAGAGCAAGUACGACUACCUCAUGAUCCUGCGGCGGGUGGUGAACGAGAGCACGGUGUGCCUCAUGGGCCACGAGCGGCGGCAGACCCUCCACCUCAUCUCGCUGAUGGCCUUCAGGGUGCUGGCGGAGCAGAACGCCAUUCCCGACGCGUCCUGCGUCACCUGCUACUAUCAGCCGGCGCCGUACGUUCGAGACCACAACUUCAGCAACUACUACGUGGCCAACCAGAACAUUCCAACAUGGCUGCCAUGUAACUGACGCGAAUGAAACGAACACACAGGUGGAAAGUGCUGCUGCUGCUUUUGAGAAAAGGAAUAAAAAAAAAUACGUACCCUCCCCGCCAAAAAAAUAUAUAUUAUUGAGGCAAUAAAUACUUUGUUCCUCUCAAGGCACAAUUAUAUUCAAGUGGACAAGUGUUUUGCUUUGUUUUCGGAGCCCUUUCUCAUUCCUCGUCUACAGUCGUCUAGGUCAUUGAAUAGAAAGAGAUAUUUUUAAGUGUUUAGAUUUCUUUUCUCAUCAUGUUUGAUUGUUUAACAGAGUUUUGUGCCUUAACCUCCAAGUGUUACCUCCCCCCAAAAAAUGAUUUAAGUAUGGGCUACAAAAAAAAAAAGAAGGGAAGAACAUGUUAUAGCCUUAAAUUUAGUUUCCCCCCUCCCUGUGAUUUAGAAAAGAUAAAAAAUGUGAAAAGGCGGAAAAAAGUGUAAAACGUUGAAAAAAUUGUAUUAUUGGGGAAAGGGUAAUGUAAAAGGUGCAAAAAGAAAAAAAACGCAAAAAAGAAGCAGAGCACCAGUGUUAAAAUGUCGAUCACUUUGGAGGGACACUAACGUUUUUCGCAUCAGAAACUAACAAGAUUCAAUUUGUUUUAAUUAAUUUUGACAUGUGACAAACACAUUUGUGGUCUCUCCCUGAAUAUGCCGGCAGUGCCUGUGAUUUGUAAACAAUGCAAGAAGAAAAAUGUUUAUUUUUCUGAAUGUCUGUGUAGGACGAGUUUCUCCUCCUCCGCCUCCGUUAUCCAGUUUACUCAGCUCUGUACUUUCCUCUCGAGACGGGCUUUGAGCGGAAAUCUGUAGCGGCACAGUUUAGUCUCGGGGCUCCGGUGUGUCGGAGGAGUUUAUGUUCCACUGUGUUGUGUUUUUUUAAAGUCUCCAUAGCCGACUACCUGUUGAGAGCGUGCCAGGCCGGCCUCGAUCAUCUAGGAGUCCUGGAGGCGACUUCCCUUUAAAAGGAAGCAGCACAUGGCCGACCGAAAUGGGAUUCCUCCUCUGACGCAGCUCAAACUACAGGCCGUCUAUAAUUAUCCUCUUUUUUUUCUUUCCCCCUGGGGUGGAAGUAUCUUUGGGAACAGUAGUGAUGGGUCGGUCGUACCACCUUACAUGUGUGGGGUGAUGAGUCACUUCCUGUCCCGUCCUAUCCUGAGAACCACACAGCUUUCAAACCCCUUUUGUGGGCAUCUUAACACACACACACACACACACACACACACCAGGGGAGUGCAACUGGUAUGUCCAGAGGAACGCCAGUCGGAUGCCACUCCUGUUUGGGAGUUUGGUGUAACCUGGAAGCUACAGCUGACUCCCCCUUCCCCCCCCUCUUCUACAAACCUAUGAAUUACUAUUUCCAGCCCGGCUUAUUAUUAGCUGUUCCUUUUUGAACACUUGCAGCGUGGCGUUGCGAGCAAGAUGGCUGGCAUUGAGACUAGAGAAGUUGCGAUUUAACUUGUUAUGUAAGCGACAACUGCUGCGUCUUUACCCCCCCCUCCCCCCUUCCCUCCCCCCUGAGAGGAGCCCUCCCUUGCUGCAGCUUGUGUUUUAAACCAGAUAACUGGGAGCGUCUUAUCUGGUUGCCCCACAUAGAAAAACUUAUUGUGGGGUCAGUUUGGCCUCCUUUUGCAGGUCGCAUACCCCCCCCCACACCGGGGUCAGGGCGUGCUCUGCUGGCGUAGCAGCUGAAUUCUGGUGUUUUGUUGUUUUUGCUUUAAGCAACUCGUGAGGUGCAACACUUGACCAAAGACACACAAACCAGCAACUGAAGCACUCAAGUGCCUUUUUUUUGGAGAGCUUUUUUAAAGCGUUUUUUAAAUGGUGAUCAGGAGGGAAAAGUUCUUUUUUCUUUUCAUUCAUUUACACCUUGUGAAACUCUCAUAAUACAACAUUUAAGUUAAUUAGAUAAUGCAUAUAUUUCUGGUUUGAGUUUUUGUUAUUUUAUGUUAUUUUAGUUUUUCAUCUGUCUAGUCAUUCCUGUCGGUCUUUUCCACAAACACUUCGUUUUCCUCCCUUGUUGACCAGUCGAUCCUGGAUGCCUUUUUCAAAUCCCAACUAUUGAUCCAUUCAGAUUUUCUCAACAGACAUUUUUUUUAUUUAACGCACUGCUCAGUAUUUGUACCUCCAACCUGGCGUCAUUUGUUUUCACCGACACUUUGUCCCCAUCCACGCCAAAGCAAUACCUAGUGGUGCACUGACGGGGGGGGUAGGGGGUCACCCAGCUGAGACCCCCAGACUAACAGAAGCACUUUAAAAGAGGCCUUGUUUUACUCCAAAACCCAGCCGCCUUGUGAGGGAAUGUAAAUAAGCUAAUGUGGAUGGAUUUGCUGGAGCGGCGUUGAGCUGGUUCUCAGGGACAUGAUGUGUUUUUUGAGGGCUUUGUUUUGCCCCCAAUACCCCCCCAUCCUCCCCCCUUUAUUUACUCUCCAUGUGUUAAUUAAUCUCCUCUUCUUACCCAAACUGCAGGAUCUUAUUGGAGCAGAUCAGCAGACUUCAGCUCUGAUUUGGAGUUUCAUCAUGUGCGUCCAUUUCGCUCUAAAAAACUUAUCAUCGCUCAGUGUUUUGUGAUCUUGUUUGAAAGGGAAGGACAAAAAAAACAACAGAUUUUUAAGGGAACAGCAGCACAUAAUCUCAAAUCAUUCCCCAGUUUGUCCUCCUCCCCUCUCUGAGUGAUGAUGAUUUAGAGCUUGGAGCCACAUUUGAACAGUUUGAAGUCUGCUGAUCGAGGUGGGACUCGACCCUUUCUUUGGGGCUUUUCGUUUUGUUUUGUUUUGUUGACAUCGCUCACGAAGAUUUCGAGCGAGGUCAAAGAAGAAUGCAACAAACAAACUUGCAUUUUUCUAGAUGGUGAACGCAGCCUGGAAUGUAAAAUCCUCAAUGUGUUUACGGUUGUUGAAAAUGUGUGCCUGUUAAACAAAAGCUUUAACUUCACCCCUCUAGAUGAGAGCGGGGGCGCUAAAUCAUCCUUCAUCGGCGGGGUCGAUGUACAAUGUGCAAACUUUUUUGUGAAGGAAGAAGAAAAAGAAAUAGGAUGAAGUGUAUUUUGCCUUUUUUUUUUUUUGCCCCCACUUUUCUUUAUUUUUCUGCUGUAAACUUCGUAUCGAUCCCGUCGCUUCUCUCGCCCUCCUCGCCUCUGAUCGUCCCACUUUGUUUGGGCCUUUGUUUAUCAGUACAGCGUGUUUUAUUUUUAUUUAUGACACCUGUAGAUGUAUUAUUUUGCUGGCGGGGAGAGAAAGCCGUGGGUUAGAUAUCUAGUGGUGAUGCUUGUCUCGUCAUAGGAACGUGAUGGAGGCGCUCCGACGGCUUCCUAUCUUUGGAGAUGAUUUCUUUUUUUGCAGCAGAUUUUGUGUUUACGUUAAUGCGUGGAAGUGUGUGUGCUUGUUUGCAUGUGUGUAUGAAGGGAUGCCUGUUGCUAUAAAAAAAAAAGUUGGGGGGGGAAAAAAUAUGAAAUUUGUCGCACUAUAUAUAUAUUUUUUUGAAAUAGUUGAUGCAAAAAGAGCUUUUUUGUCAGCUUCGUGAUUGUGACUACGAGUUUUUGAUGGUUACAACCAUUAUACUAUUUCAUUUUUCAGGACUUUUACCUCACUUGAGUUUUUCCUUUUGAAUGGAAAUGUACAUGUACAUCAGGAAAAUGUGUUUGAAGAGGGGAAAAAAAAUGAAUAAAGAGUAUUAAAUGCAAA